CAGAUACCGUACCAUCAGCAGGUUCUUGGUAAUUUUGGCUGUCGAGUCGAUAUAUAUCUCUCCGAAAAUGGCUUGUUUUGGCUCAUUCCUGCGGAGGACUGCUUUUUUAAAUGGAGGUUUGAAUUCUGUAAGAACAUUCGUGACAGCACCCAACUUACUCUCACAAAAUGCUUCCCAUGGUGUAGAUAUUGGAUUAACUGCACCUCACAGACAAAGAAGAGUUAUCCGACGGACCAGAGCAGCUGCUAUCAAGGAUGGUAGAAGCCAAGCUCAACUAGAAGCUCAGGCAAGACACAGAACAUUGAAGAUUCCGCUUGAUCAGGUCAAAGAUGUCUGGGAGGAAACUAGUGGUCCAUAUCAUAUACGAGAUGUAGCCCUUCAUUAUGGUAUCUUCAAAGAUGUAUUUGAUGGAGCCAGCUUUGUGCCAUAUGUACCUCUCUCAAUAUCAUACAGACAGAGCUCAGGGGAAAACGUACCAGUAUUCAGGGGAAACUUUGUAACUCCAGCAGAGUCUGCUGAAGCACCUGAUGUUAGUUUUACAGCGUCUGAUGAUAGUUUAUGGACUCUCCUCUGUACUAAUCCAGAUGGCCAUCUACUGGACAGUGAGGCUGAAUAUAUGCACUGGUUAAUAGGGAACAUUCCUGGUAAUAGGAUUGAUGAAGGAGAAACAUUAGUAGACUACUUGGCUCCCUUUCCUGUCAGAGGUACAGGCUAUCAUCGUCUUAUCUUCAUCCUAUUCAAGCAACACUCAAGGAUGUCAUUUGAUGAGGAACAACAGCAGUUACCUUGUCAUAGUUUGUCUGCAAGGACCUUCAAGACCCUAGAGUUUUAUCGUAAAUACCAAGAUUUGAUGACACCUGCUGGUUUAGGGUUCUACCAGAGUAGAUGGGAUCAGUCUGUACAGCAAACCUUCCAUCAAAUCCUUCGUAUGAGAGAGCCUGUCUUUGAGUACGAUCAUCCAAAGCAGUAUAUUGCUCCACAGAAGAAGUGGCCUCAUCGAAAACCAAUCCAUUAUCUCAACAAAUUCAUACCUAGCAACUAAAACUUCUUCAGUCUUAUCAUUAUGACUUCUGCAGGAUAGAUCAAGACUUGUGUUUUGUUAAUUCAUGAAGAUAUUUGUCUUUCAUGUGAGUAGAGUUAUUGUUAUGACGUACAGGUUUAUUAAUACCAAUAGGCCUUAAUUCUACCAAAUGGGCAAAUGAUUAUUGGAAAAAUGUGAUUGAGUUUUAAACAAUUGACUUUCUGCUCUUUGUGUGAAUUGUAAUUAUAUCCCCAUUUUUUUUUAAAAA